UUUGCAGAUGAACGCCAGGACAUACAAAAGAAGACCUUCACAAAAUGGAUUAAUUCACAUUUGCUUAAAGCCCAGUGCACACCAGUGAUCGAUUUGUUUGAGGAUUUACGCGAUGGCCAUCGUUUGUUGGCAUUGCUUAGUAUACUCACUCAAUCACAGAUGAAACCUGAGAGGGGUCGCAUGCGCGUACAUCACAUCAACAAUAUUAACAAAGUUAUCCAAGUGAUACAGGAGCAUGGCGUCAAGUUGGUGAAUAUUUCUAGCGAUGAUAUAGUUGCUGGCAAUCCGAAAUUGACGCUUGGCCUGAUCUGGCUCAUUGCGCUUGAGUUCAAUGGCCAAAAUCUAGUCAAGAGCCAGUCGAGCAAUGGCGUCGAGAAAUCGUUGCUUGCGUGGGCGCGUCAAUUUGCCGAACCAUAUGGCUUGCAGCUGCACGACUUUUCCACCAGUUGGGCUGACGGACGCGCCUUUCUUAUUAUACUCAACGCGCAUCUUGACGAUAUCGACUUGAGCGCGGCGCUGACGAAACAUCCUUUGGCGCGACUCAAGACCGCCUUCGAUUUGGCGCACAAGUACUUUAAGAUUGAGAAGCUGCUCGAUCCGGAGGAUGUGCACACGCACAAGCCCGACAAUAAAUCCAUACAAAUGUAUGUGAUGUGCUUGUAUCAUGCCAUGGAGUCGUUCCGCAAUCGCGAACGCAGUGAUAGCGCGGGUGAAGCGGUGCUGUUCGACGAGAAGGCGCAGGAAGCGCUGCCACCGCGCUACUUUAAGAUUGAGAAGCUGCUCGAUCCGGAGGAUGUACACACGCACAAGCCCGACAAUAAAUCCAUACAAAUGUAUGUGAUGUGCUUGUAUCAUGCCAUGGAGUCGUUACGCAAUCGCGAACGCAGUGAUAGCGCGGGUGAAGCGGUGCUGUUCGACGAGAAGGCACAGGAAGCGCUGCCACCGCGCGCGACACACAGAAACAUCACAGAUCUCGAUGAGGUGCCGUUGGAUAGCGCUGAAGAGGUGUUCUCUGACAUGAGCAGCACGCCAGUGAGCAGCUCAGACCCAGUGAAGUCGCCCAAGCAUAGCAGCGAUACAAUGCGCAGCAUUAUGGACAUCGGUAUGGAUGAGAGCAAACCGCCGCCUUUGGAUUUCUUGCGCAUGUCGCAUGAUAAGUCGCGGCCCAUAAGCACGGCGACAAAUGCAUCGAUUGAGAUUACUAGCUAUCAGGCAGCACUGGAAGCGGUGCUCACGCUGCUGCUAGAAGACGAGCAGAUACUCUCACGUGAGUUGCCUGAGCCCAACGAUUUUCAGAGCGCCAGGUCNCAUGAUAAGUCGCGGCCCAUAAGCACGGCGACAAAUGCAUCGAUUGAGAUAACUAGCUAUCAGGCAGCACUGGAGGCGGUGCUCACGCUGCUGCUAGAAGACGAGCAGAUACUCUCACGUGAGUUGCCUGAGCCCAACGAUUUUCAGAGCGCCAAGUUGCAGUUCCAUGAGAAUGAACAUUUCAUGUUGAAACUCACCGAACACCAGCAGUAUGUGGGAGAAGCGCUCGAAGAGGGCUCCAACUUGAUUAACGAAUCACAAAAAACUUCGGGUCUUACUACCGAAGAUCAAAAUGAAAUACGCCAGCAAAUGGUGCUGCUCAACGAACGUUGGGAAACACUGCGCCUGCAGGCACUCGACGUACAGGCGAAGAUAUUGGCGCGUCUUGCCGAAUUUCAGUCGCAACAGAUCGAAAAGCUGCGACUCUUUCUCACCAACGUCGAGGAUCGCAUAUCCCACUUGACGGACAUUGGUCCAAGCUUGCCGGCGGUGCAGCAGCAAAUUGCUGAGGCGCGGCAACUCAAAGACGAUCUAUGCAAUCAGCAAGCGCUGGUGGAUAGCCUUAGCAAUAUGGUGGUGAUAGUGAACGACGAGUCGGGUAAUUUCAACGAUCUCGAAGACAAGUUGUCCGCGCUGGGUGAACGCUGGUCGCAUGUGUCCAAGUGGAGUGAUCUGCGCAUGGAGAAGCUGCAGCAGUACAAGUGCAUUUAUCGUUGGCUGGAUACGCGCGAACAAGAUCUAAAGACAAUGGAGAGUAAGGACGUCACCGAUCUGGGUGGCAUUACGAAGCGCAUGAAUGACCUGAACUAUUGCGCCAAGGACUUGUUAGAGUUGGAGCGCUACCUAGUGGACUUGCGGCAAAUGGUAGCUGCUUCGCUGCAGGAAGGCGAUGAUCAGGGUGAGCGCGUGCUGGUGCAGUUGGAGAGUUUCGAAGAUCGCUUGGACGCGCUAAAACAGAUAGUUGAAGUACAGACUGAUCGUAUCGAAGCUAAGGGUUUCAAGUUCGGGCGCGAUCGUGCGUCAUAUGACGAUAGUCGCGUGGUGCGCCCAGAUGGCUGGGUAGACUUUCAGAUGCUCAUAAAAUUUGGUGAAGAAAGUGAUGAGAUGAACGAGGAGAAUACGAAAGCCGGGCAAGAGAAUGAAGAACCGCAAACGACCGCCUACCAAGAAGCGUCACCGGAGGGCAAUAAGAAGCGUAAGCUGCGCAGCUCCGAUAAUUUUUAUUUGCUCACCGGGCGCAUAAUGGAGAUAUUUAACUUCCUCGACGACUGCGAAGAUCGCCUGCAGAGCGUGCAUCGUCAGAGCUUGCGCAACCAAAGCGAAAUGCUAAUAACGCUAGAGAAAGAGGUCGCAAAGCGCGUGCCACUAACGAGCGAGCUGAAGCAGCUAUUUGAGGUGUGCGAACAGGAAGAUCUGAAGCGGAAUUUAAUUAUGGAGGCCACGCAGAUAAAACAGAUUGACGAGCGCUUUACGGAGCUCAUCAAACGCAUCGUCGAACAGAAAUCCGAGACAGCACAAAUAAUAGCCAAGGAGAAGUUCUACAACAGCUUGACUGGCUUCAAGUUAGUGCUUGCUGAUUCACGAGACUGGUACAAGCAGCACUCGCUGUCAGCGAGCAAGUCCGACUUAGAGCAACGCUUGAGUCACAUGGAAUCGCUGUCAAGCGAAAUAGCCGACGCAAAGGAGAUUACCGCCACGCUGAGUGAUGACUUGCAUGAAUGGAAGCAGGAUUUCAACAUCUUUUACGAGAGUUGGAGCGACAUGAAGCGCGCAAUCAUCACACUCAUACAAGAGAAGGGUGGACUGGACGAAGUCAAUGAGCGCCUGCAACGUUUGGAGGACUUCAUAGCGAAGGUGGCGGGUGUAAAAGUGGUCGUCACUGACUUGACGCCCAUGCAGCAGCAACAGCAGCAAUUGAACGCGCUUGUCGAUGAAUUGGAAAAGUUGAGAGCGGACUACGAGUAUGUCUGCCAACGCCGCCCCGAUGCAAUGGGCACCGAGUUCGAGGAGAACUGGGCGAAGAUACCGGAACAGCUGAACGAGCGCGUAAUAAAGCAAACGACGGCGAUUGAGAAUCUCAACCAUUUCAACGCCGAGUAUAAUGCCAUAUUGAAUGUGCUGCGCAAGCUGGAGGCGAAGUUCAAGCGUGACGAUGCUGAAAACACAGAGCAGCCGCUGAAUGGGCAAGCGACAGUAGGCGAUAGCAAUCGGUUGAAUAUGGAACUUCGUAAGAUCGAAAUUGAUGUGAUAAGCGCACGCAACUUCAGCGAGAUACUCAUCAAGGACGCAGAGUCGGCGCAUCAGAUCUCUGAGAUUAACAAUUCAAAUGAGCUCUUCCAAAUCAAAAGUAAGUUCCAAACACUCAAGGAAACCUGCGAACGUGAGUCGGUGAGCUUCCGCGAGUUGAACGAAGUUGGCGGCGAGCUGCUGCUGCAAAUGGACGAAUUGAAAACAACGGGCGAAGAAGUGGACAGCAAAUAUGCGCAGCUGCCGAAGAAGUUUACGCGGUUGAGCGCGCGCUGGACGGAGGUCACUUCGCUGGUGUAUGCGAAAACAGCGCUGCUCGAGCAUAUCUCUACGCAGCUGGGUGAGUUCAAGAAGUUUAUGGUCUCCGAAUCGGGUUAUCUGGAUCGACUGGAGAAUAAGAUUGGCAGCACGCCGGAGAACGCGGACGCUGAGGAGAUCAUUGAGGAAUUGGAUGAUCUCGAAAACGUGCUGCGUGCGCACUCCGACGAGUGGGUGGAGAAAAUUCAAGAAAUUGGCAACGAGCUAAUUGAAAAUGAAUUUAUGGCGGAUUCGAUACGCGCCGAAAUCGAUGGUAUUGUGGAACGUUGGACUAAGCUGCAACAGCGUGCCAAACAACGCACCGAAAUACUGGAGAAGGAGGUGAGCGAGGCUGAACAAUCCGAGAAAUGCAUGGUGCAAUUCGAGGCGUGGCUGACGCGCGUCGAUGAGAUACUCACCGAACAUCUGGAGAAUGAUGUGACCAUUGAGGAUCUGCCGGAUGAUUUUCAGCGCUUAGUAAAAGAAUUCGAAUCGAACAAGCAGUGCUUCCAAGAAAUUGACGAACUCAUAGCUGAACACACACGCAAUGGCAAAAUUGAGGCAGCCAAUCGUUUACAGGAGAAGUUGAACCUAAUGGAGUUGCGCUUCAAGUCGUGUCAACUGAAGCUGAAUAAGUGUACAGCCCCACAACCGGCGUAUGAGUCACGCUUGAAUCGCGCUGUGGCUGAGUUGCGUGCGGUCGAACAUUCGACAUUGGUUUUGGAUGUAGCGUCUGCUGGGCCCACCACCGUACAGGCGCAGUAUCAGAAAUGUGUGCAAAUCUAUCGCACACUAUCCGAAAUUAAACCAGAGAUCGAGAGCACUAUCAAAACGGGUCGCAAAGUGUGCGAAGAUAAAUUUACGCGCUCGCCCAAACAACUCAGUCAACGCAUCGACGCACUUAAACAUCUCUAUAAUGCGCUUGGCGAGAAUGUCACACAAUCGAAAGUGUUCCUCGAGACGCUACUCAAAUUGGCCCACCAAUUGGAUGAAUACUUCGAUCUUGCUGAUCAGCUUAUAAGACGCUUCGAAUCGCUACAAGAGAAGCAAGAUCGCAAUUCUUGUUUCUUGGAAUACGAAGAUCUGCUGCAACGUUGUGAGGAAUUAUAUGAGGAAUAUAGCAAAUCCUGUGAUCAAUCAUGCAUGGAGGAUACGCGACAGAAGAUUGAUGAACUCAAGACGAUCUACAUGAAAUUGACUAGCGCCGAUGUUAUUAAACGCUUAACAGAAAUGAAGUCGACUUUGCAGAAUUUGGAUAACAUAUCGGCAGAGACAUUGAAAGCCAUGGAACAUGAGUUGAAACAGAUAAAUACGCCUUCAAAUCCGGAUAUCGAGAAGCUGCAGCAACAAGUAAUCGCCAUUGUGGUGGACGCUAUAAAAACGCGUUUUAAUGAAAAUUCCGAGUUGACAAAGCUCCUUGCGACACCAACUUUGACUAAAACUGCACCAACACCGCAAACUGUUGAAAACGGCGAUACCGAUGUAGAAAUAGUUGUUGUUAGCGAUACUGUGCGUCAAAGACGUGCACGCACACCAGGUGGAAAUGACUCACAGAACGUUGGCGACACACCAACAAAGCCCGAUAAAUCCCAGACAAGUCAGACACCAGUGGAAGUGCAGCAACCAAAUGAUUCGCCUUCAACCACAGCCGAUCAAGCCAUUGUCACUCAAGUGCUACCCGAUGUUCUGCCACCACAAACCUUCCGUCUAGCUGAAUCUAGCACUCUAUUUUCGCACAUAUCCACCUCAACGCCAAUUGAAACUACAGAGAGCGUACCCGCAAAACCACCUAAACGCAGAAGUCGCAAGGGCGAACAGCACGCCAGGGUGGUGGAGAUACGCGAGCGUAAUUUGCCACAUGAUAAAAUGUCUGUGCAAAAUAUUGAUUUUGAGCCGCAAGUUGGUGAGAUUGUCGACACGGUGAAUAUUUUGGAGAGUGUGGAACCAUUCGUGCCGGAAUACGUGGAAACGGUGCAAAUUGUCGAUCUCUCUGAAGAUUCAGACUCAUCGAUGCGCAUUGAUGCCGAUGGCAAAGAGAUGCAGCGUAGCAAAAGUAAACGCUCGCUCUGCGAAUCGCCUAAACCGCAACCGCCACACUCACCGCUCUCACCAGAUGACGUGGAGUUGCGUAAUACACAGCCACUCAAUGCAAGCACACCUUUCUUGCGGGUGGAGAAGCAGCGUAUUUCAUUCGAUGAGAAACGUAAGCGUAUCGAAAGUGAGCGUGAUAUAUUACGUGACUCAGAGGAGGAUGAAGAUGAGCUACCGGCGAAAGGAGAUGAAGCUUCAAGUGCAACGCAUACGCCACCAAAACAACCAAAGCGUUGGCGUCAACUUACACUCACGUUGGACGAUGGGCUGUCACCUAAAAAAGCCAAGUCUCGUGAUGGAACAGAGCAGCCAUGUGCAGUGGAGUCUCCAGUACGCGACAGUUUUUAUGGUGCCGAUAAAGAUGCAAGUUACGACUUGGAACCAUUGGUAUUCUCCGACGAUGAAGACAUACCGAGAUUCUCAUUAGAAAUGACACCAACAUUUGAUUCCGAUAGUGAUACGAGUCGCAUUGAGACGCCCGGCACUAAAAAACCCAACUUCUUAGAUAGCAAAGUCCUCCCCUCAGCUACGUCAAUGGAUGAUUCGAACAUUACCUUAAAGAGUCCUUACUCAGAGAGUCCUUUGAUCUUCCGCGAUAGUGAACCGCUGGAUCAACGCGUCCAAACGUUCGAUAAAAUGGCUAAGUACAUGAUACGAAAGAUGGAGGCGACGAAGGAGAAGAUCCAAAAGUGCGAAGAAGGCGAAAGCGCCAUUGAGGACUUAAAACUUUUGAUUGCGCCCGAUGCCGCCACCUUGAUUUCUCAAGGCGAUUCUUUGGUGCUAGAGACUCACGGCAAACAGGGAAAUCUAUCACGUUUAGUUAUGAAAACACAGAUCAUAUUACGAGAGAAAUUUCGUGAAGUGCAGCAAGCCAAAUCCAAAGUACCUGGCUUGCCGCAACACACCGAUGACAACAAUACGCCCAGUCCACGUUCUACACUUGAAAAGCUUAACAUCGAUCUAGAAGAACUCGUCACGAAAGGUCUCAAACGCAUAAACGAUCUAAUUGAGAAGCCAUACGAUAAGAAAUCUAUUGAGGCACUAGAGCGCCGCCUUGAGGAGAUUAGC